AUGAAACACAAUCAAGCUGUACCGGCCUCACAACUGUACACAAAGCUCAAACGGGUCGGCAAAGGUGCUUAUGGCUCAGUCUACAAAGGCGUCAAUAACCAGACCAAAAAGAUUGUAGCUAUUAAAGUACUCAAUUUGGACACCGAGGAAGACGAUGUGGAUGACAUUCAGAAUGAGAUUGCACUCUUAUCUCAACUCACUCAUGCCCGUUCCCAAAACAUCACACCUUACUACGGAAGCAUACUAAACGAUACCAAACUAUGGAUUAUUAUGGACUAUGCUGCAGGUGGAAGUGUGAGGACUGUUAUGAAGGCAGGAGAUCUCGAAGAAAAAUAUAUCUCGGUCAUCACAAGAGAAGUACUCCUUGCCCUUGCUUACCUGCACAAAAACCGCAUUAUUCAUAGAGACAUCAAAGCUGCCAAUAUUCUCUUGACGGCCGAAGGAAGUGUCCAAUUGUGCGAUUUCGGAGUGGCCGGUCAGGUCAUCAAUUCACUUAAGCGUAAUACCUUUGUUGGAACACCUUACUGGAUGGCGCCUGAGGUUAUUAAAGAAGGUGCUUCGUACGACUACAAGGCAGACAUAUGGUCUCUGGGAAUCACAGUUUAUGAAAUGGCCACGGGAAACCCACCUCUAUCCCAUGUUGACCCCAUGAGAGCUGUUAUUCUCAUUCCCCGAUCAAAACCUCCUCGCCUCGAAGACAAAUUCUCACCUGCUAUACGUGAAUUUAUCGAUAUGUGUCUUUGUGAAGACCCAGAAGAGAGACUUAGUGCAGAAGAAUUGUCGAAAUCAAAGUUUAUCAAAGGAUCUAGCAAAACAAAGUCAAUAUUGAGAGAAGUGAUUGGGCGCUACGAUAAAUGGAAGAAGACAAGUGAGGCAGCAAAACGGUGUAGUAUAGUCUCAAAUGAUCUCAGUAACAGGUAA